CUCAUGAUUAUUCUGUGUUUUCUUUCUUUUGUUGCUGUGAUUUCCUCUUCUUGUUAGAUGUGUGGGGAUCAAUCCAAUACCUGCUGAGUGCCAAUGUCUAGGAAUUCAAUUAUAUAUGCAUACACCUAUAUACCUUGCAUCAGCCUUUGAGAUUAUUAUAGUCUUAAACAUUAUGUGGCAGCUUUUUCUUUCUUUUUGUCUUCUUAAUUUUCUUGUGGUAGAUUGAUUAUAUGAGAUUAUGUGAGAUACUGUCACCUUUUCCAUGAUUACAUCCGAGUGGUUAUUUUGGAUUCAAAAUUGAUCAGGCAUUGAUGCUAUAGAAGAGACCUUUAACCUAUCCAUGCUCAAGUAACCCGUGCGUACUCUUAUAUUAUGUAAUAUGUAUUAAUCCCGCUCAAUGAUAAUUUAGUUAUAAUCAUAUUUUUUGUGAAAAAAAAAAUUCAUAUAAUAAUUUUUCAUAUUCAUUUUAGAAAGGCUAUUCAUUGUGGUGGGUUGGAAAAUCAUUACAUAAAUUACUCUCCUUGCCAAGAUCUGGAUGGGUUAAUGUGGGUUGAUGGUUUGGGCUAGAAAUUGCCUCCUCAACGAAAUUUAGCAUAAAGGUGACUACUUUUAAAAGCAACAAUAGGCCACCCUUGUUUUGGCUCCCUAGACAGCAAGGUCCCUUCUUUUGAUUUCUUUAAGUUUGCCUCUUCAGACAAGGUAUAGUAUUCAUUCAGCUAGGCAUCAGGAUCAUGAGCAUCAAAACACAAAAAGAAAAGCGUACCACUGGGAUUAUCAUAUAACUUUGUCUUUACAUUUUCUAUUGGGUAUAAAGCUAGCCGGGUUGAACUGCGUUCUUUAAAUAAUGCAUUGAGAAGUGUGGGAGUCUUGUUUUUCCAGAGCAGGUAAACUAUUUAGCUGGAGGACUAAAAUAACAGGCACUCUUCUUAUAUCACAGGACCGAAAUAAGGCUUUCUAUCUCCUUAUACGGGUUAGUUUGCAUUGCCAGGGUUAUGAUAUGUGAAUUCACACGUUAUUGGACCAAAAGAAUAGUAUCAUCAAGCGUCUUGUUGCAAAUUCUUGGUCUACUGACUAUUUGCAAAUGAGCAAAGAUACUUUUAUUGAAGAAUCAAGAGUUGUAGCCAUGAUUGAAUAGAAUGAAAUAUGUCUUAAAAAAAUUGCAACCAGUUAGCUCCAUAGCUGUAUUUUCUUCUCCCCUUUGCCCCUUUCAGAAUAAAAUAGAAGAGGAAACGGAAAACCUAGCACAGUACGACUAUGACUGACUUUGGUUCUGAAAGAUCAAAGCCAUGGAACACAUACACAAGUUCAGACCCAAACCCAUCACAAACAGGAGUGGAUCAGGAAGCUCCAUGGAAAAGCUUUGGAACAUCCAUGAAUGCCAUCUCAUUUGGUUUUGUUGCAACGGCUAUCUUGAUAUCAAUGUUUCUUAUAAUGGCCAUUUUUGAACAUCUGUUCAGGCCAGGUCCUUCUUUCUCUUCACCUGAAAGUAUUGCCAAUGGUUCUCCUGAAUCCAGACCUAUAGAGAAACUUCAAAAAGAAAGAGUGUCCGCAUUGUAUGCAUCUGAUUUCUCAGUGUUGAUGCCAGGACAGCACUGUCCCACCUACAUUGCACAACCUGCUCCUCUGCCCUGCCCAAGGGAAGGGACAUAUUGGCCUCCUCAUGAACAUAAUUUUGUAGUUCCAUAGUAUAUUAUACAUGCAAUGAAUGAAGCACCACAAAGGUUCAACUUUAUAUUUACAGAACAACCAACUCUCCUCAAUGUCUGAAUCAUCUAAGCUUAGAUAUUGAAUCUUGAAUCCUGUUUGUUGGGAGAACUUGCUAUCCUGUAGGAUUUGGUAAACCUUCUGAGGGAUGUUGGUGAAGUCAGAUCUUUCUCCUCAUAUCUACCAAAGACUUUACCCUGCAUUUCCAACCUUUCAGAAUGUAGAUUAUCAAGAUAAAAUGAACUGCACACAUCAUGGGUGCAGGGACGGUUUACAUGAUUUUGUUAUGUGGUUUGUAUCUAGUUAGCUUAGCUAGGCGCAAGAACUCAACCAAGUUGACUUAUCAAGCUCUACUCUCGCGUUGCCAUAACAUAUGUAAACCAUCAUGUUAUGUGCUUUGAUUGAAUGACACUUGUAAUUGUGCGACAAAGUUUAUAGUGCUUGGUGGUGCCUUCCACAUGCGACUGU